AUGCCCGUGAUGCCGCCUCGCGCGGCCGUGGUCAAUACGAGCUCGACGGGCGGAGACGAUUCUCACAACGCAAGCGGCACACUCGCGGAACGAAAACGAAAAGAAAAAGCGCGCGAGAGAGACGGUGUAGCCAGCAACUCAUCCUCCUCCAGCACGGCAAGGGGAUCCAGUCCGCAUGGCGUAUCCAGUAGCAACGCCAGCAGCAAUAACGACCGCAUCGCAUACCUAGAAGGCGAAAUGGCCAUCAUGGAGCGCGAGUUCCACCAGGAGCUCGACAAGCUGAGCCAGACGGAGAGCGAGACGGCCACCUUUUGGCAGGGCAAGCAUAGCGCGCUGAACCAGCAGUACCUGCGCACCGAUACGGAGCUCAGGCUGCUCCGGGCCGAGGUCGACGUGCGCGAGGCCGAGAGGGAGGAGUUGCGGCAGGGCGUUGAAGUUCUCCGGCGCGAGCUGCAGGAGAGAGAUGAUGAGAUCCGGAGGCUGAGGGGCCAGGUCAGGGGCUUGAAGGACUUUGUGAGCACAAGCACCAGGACGGAUGAUCAGACGAGCGACGAAGUGUUUGGGGAUGGCAUGACCAAGCUGGGCAACGGGCUGCAGAACUGGGUCAUUACGAACUUUCGAAAGGCAAAGCUGGACUUGACCAAGGCCAGUGACGCCACGCUCAUAGAACUCAGCCAGCUUGUGCCCAUGUACGAGGACCUCAUCCACACAUCAAAGGUUCACCUCCUGCAGUCAAUCGUCUCGAGCAUCCUCGUCGAGAUGGUCUUUAACGCCUACUACGUUGGCCUAUCAGAACAAGAUACGCAGCACAUUCAGCAGAUGGAGCAGCUGCUAUCCUCACUUUGCGCCUCGACCGAUGUCGUAAACCAAUGGCGCUCGUCCACCCUUGCGCUCCUCCGCCGCGAGGCACACCACCUUCACGAUAACACAGACGCGUUUGCCGAGGCCGUCAUAUCUCGCAUCACUCAGCUGCUCGACAGCAUCAUUACGACUUCUCCAUCAUCAUCAUCGUCAUCAUCAUCAUCAGCCCCCGCAGCAAACUCAGCUACGGCCCGAGACUCGGCCCUCCGCGUGCUCAUCAAAAACUCCAUCGAACUCGCGCGCCUACUCGUGGUGCAAAAGGCCCGACUGCGGGUAUACAUGCCCAGCAUCCUGCCUCACCAGCAGGUGCUGUUCGAGCCGGACACCAUGGAGGACAUGGGCGGAGAGGAGGACGAGGAGAACCUGGCCAACCGGGAGAUUAGCUGCGUCGUCUUCCCCGGCGUCAUCAAGCACGGGGACGAAAACGGCGGACACAUGCAGUUCCGCAACGUCAUUGUCAAGGCGAGGGUCUUGUGUAGCCCGGAAGAAUAG